AUGAGUGGCAAAGCAAAUCCACCAGAAUUGAAAAAAUUUAUGGACCAUCGCUGUCAGCUAAGAUUAAAUGGAAAUCGUACUGUUGUAGGGGUAUUAAGAGGUUUUGAUCCAUUUAUGAAUUUGGUUAUCGAUGAAGCCCAAGAACAUAUGAAAAAUGGCGAAAAACGACAAAUCGGAAUGGUUGUAGCAAGAGGCAAUAGUGUUGUGAUGAUUGAAGCAUUGGAUCGUCUUGGUUAG